AUGGCGGGACAGAGAGCAGGGAGAGCCACCGGCCUCGAGGCGCUGCUGACGCUUCUUGAACUUGUACAAAUCCUUCACUCCAACAGCGAGAGCCCCGGCCCCGUUUGCUUGCUUGCACCUCCAUCCCCACGCCCCGACCCCACAGACCAACCCGUGAGAUCAUGGGGAUCCCUGGUGCUGAGCGGGAUCACGGGAAUCCCCAGGGCCCCGUGGGGUUAUGGGGAUUUUGGGGGUUUAGGAGUCCCCAGUUCUGAACAGGACCGCGGGGGUCCGUGUCCCCACAGGGGCUGUGCCCACCCUCCGGGCUCUGCAUCCUCCCCGUGUCCCUCCUGUGAGACAACGGCCCCGUCCCGGCCCCACCCCGCAGCCGGCCGUCCCCAGCCGCGUCCCCGUGUGUCCCUCCCUGAUAACCCGCCCUGCCCAGCCCUGCCCGCCAUCCCCACACCGGGGCAGCCCCACGCUGGGACCAGGGCGCUGUGGCACCUGCCCGAUGCCCACCCCCCUCACCCGCAGAGCCCCGGCAUCCUGGAGACCCCGGACUCCCUGGACCUGGGGGAAAUCACGGGCAACCUCUCCUCCUUCUACGACGACGACACUUACAUCAACGACACCCUCCUGGACUACGACGCCACACCCUGCCGCAACCACUUCUGUCCCCUCUUCCAGCGCGUGGCCCCCCCUUUCCUGGCCGCCACCUGCGCCGCGGCCGCGCUGGCCACCGGCGCUUUGCUGGUGGCCCUGGCCAAGCGUCCCCAGGCGUGGCGGUGGCCGCAGAGCCGAGCGCUGGUGGCACAGCUGGCGCUGGGCACGGCGCUGUUCGCGGCGCUGCUGCCCGCGCUGGCCGCGGGCGUGGCGCGGGGCUGGCACCUGGGCACGGGGCUGUGUCGCCUCACGCACCUCCUGUGGCACUGGAGCGUCUUCGGCCAGGCGCUGCUGGUGGCCAGCGGCUCCUGCGGCACCGCCUGGGCUCGCUGGGACCCCCGGAGCCGGCGCUUGGCCGUGGCCCUGUGGGCAGCGGCGCUGCUCUUGGCCACUCCGGCCGCUCUGGUCAGCGGCGUGGCGGCGGGCACCGCCUGCGUCCGGCGCAGCGUGGGCAUCCUGGCACCGGUUUACCUGCUGCACCUGGCGCUGUGCCUGUGCCUGCUGCUGCUGCUGCCCGCGGGGCUGCUGCUGGCCGCGCCGCGCCUCAGGGCGAGCGGCGCCGGGCUCGCCUGGCUCUUCCUGGGGCUCUGGGCGCCCUACGGAGCGGGGCUGGCCGGGGAGUUCCUGCUGCAGGCCGGGCUGCUGGAGCCCACCUGCGGCUCCUUCGAGCACUUCGACAUCGUGCUGGGGCUGAGCGAGGGGCUGGGGGUGCUGCACUGCGGCCUCGGGCCCCUGGCGCUGCUGCUCGCCCGGAGCUGCCACCGCGAUGCCGGCGCUGCCGGGGGCUGCUGAGACCCGGGGGCUGCUGAGCUCCAGGACUGCCAAGAUCCGGGGGCUGCGGAGCUCCGGGAAUGCCAAGAUUCGGGACUGCCAAACUCCGGGAAUGCCGGGCUCUGGGACUGCUGAGCUCGGGGGCUGCCAAGCUCUGGGGGCUGCACCGCGGAGCCAAACGGACCCCCGGCACUGAGCCCCGGCCCCUGGCGCCAGACUUGGACCCCUGGCACCAGACUGGGCACCCUGGAUCCUGAGCACCAACCUUGGCCACUCAGCACUGACCCCUGGCCACCUGGCAGAAGUCUUGGCACCCUGGCACCUGCCUCUGGGCACUGCCUCCUGGCCCCACUGUGCCCCCCCAGCCCCACAGCCUCUGUCCCCCACCCAACACUCUCCCAGGACCCCCUGUUCUGUGCCCUCUGUCCCCUCCCUUGGGGUCUCAGCCCCCUUUUUGGGGCCAGACCCCCCAACUGCCCAACACAGACAGCCCUGGGGUGCCUCAGGCUGCCCGGGGGGGUCACGUCAGACUCCUGGGGGAUCUCUGAGGCUCAGCCCUGGCCCCGCUCCAGGGGGGAUUUCGGAAGUGAUGGGAUUUUUUCCAUCUCUCCUGAUAAGCCAAGAGGAUCCAGUGGGAAUUAAACAAACACAACUGCCAGAGGCACUCAUCCAGCCCAGUUAAUGCACUGGAUGGGACCGGGCGGUGAUGGGGGGGAUGGGAAACGGGGGGUGUGUGCUCCUCGUGCCUCCAAAUUGGCAGGAGAAGUUCCUAAGGAAGC